AUGUUGUUUAAAGUGGACUUCGAGAAAGCCUAUGAUUCGGUGGACUGGAACUUCUUGCUAAUGGUUAUGGAGAAAAUGGGAUUUCAUGAGAAAUGGCGGAGCUGGAUUUUUGAAUGUCUAAGGACAGCGUCAGUUUCGGUACUUGUAAAUGGAAGCCCCACUAAGGAGUUCAAUAUGGGUCGCGGGUUGAGACAAGGAGACCCGCUUUCUCCGUUCUUAUUCUUAAUAGUAGCUGAAGGUUUUAGCCAAUUAAUGAAGAAAGCGGUUGAUUCUGGAAGGUUUAUUGGAUACAAGUUUGAGGCUGGCGAAAAACGGUUUUCUCAUCUUCAAUAUGCAGACGACACUAUGAUCAUUAGUGAGAAAAGGUGGACCAAUAUUCGAACCAUACAGGCGAUCUUACUGUUGUUUGAAUCUCUGUCUGGGUUGAAAGUGAACUUUCAAAAAAGCUCGAUUAUAGGGAUCAACAUAUCUCAAAACUGGAUAACAGAGGCGGCGAAAAUCCUUCGGUGCAGAUUGGGUUCAAUCCCGUUCAUGUACCUCGGGCUUCCAAUUGGGGCAAAUCCGAAUCGGAAAGAGACUUGGAACCAUGUGAUCAAUAUUGUGAAAUCAAGGUUGAGCAGGUGGAAGAACAAAAAUCUAUCUAUUGGCGGCCGGGUGGUAAUGUUAAAAUCUGUUCUGUUUGCAAUUCCGGUAUACUAUCUCUCCUUCUUCAAAGCUCCAGCAGGGAUUAGAAAUCUUAGGAAGUUCAAUUUAGCUCUGUUGGGAAAGUGGGAAUGGAAAGUGGUUAAUGAGAGGAAAGGAAUUUGGUUUGAAGCGAUAGUCAAUAGAUACGGGAUGAUUAAUGGGGUUUUAAGGUCGGGGCCAAAUGGAGCGUCAAUUUGGUGGAAGGAUAUUUGUAAUUUGAAUAUAGGUGGGGGGAUAGCGUCAAGGGAAUAUUCGGUGAAGGAGGUGUACAAAAGCUUGGACUCGGAUGACCGACAACCUACUAGCCACCCAUGGUGCAAAAUUUGGAAUAAAGCGAUACCAUCGAAAGUAUCGUGCCUGGUGUGGAGAGUGCUACAGAAUAGAAUUCCUACAAAAGACAAUUUAGCCCGAAGGGGAAUUUUAUCCAAUAGCCAACUAGACUGUGUCGGGGAGUGUGGGAGAGAGGAAUCGGUAUCUCACAUUUUCUUUGAGUGUCCAAAAUUUGCAGGUGCGUGGAGCGUCAUUUGCAACUGGCUAGGAGUGCACUCAAAUCUACACAAUGAUGGAUGGCAACAUCUCGAACAGUUUGAAGGUCUGCUUGGUACUCAAAGAAAGCUAUCCUUGAAACUGAGAAUUAUAUGGGCUGCUUGUGUGUGGUGUAUAUGGAGAUACAGGAAUAAUAAAGUGUUCCUGAACGAGGAAAUCCAAUUGGAAAAAGUGGUAGAAGAGACAAAGAUCUUGGCUUGGAGAUGGCUUAGAUUAAAAUCUAAGCUUAUUGCUGACGAUAUAGUCGCGUGGUGCAAGAAUCCUAAGGCGUGCUUCGGCUUUCUUGAUGAUUGA